UUGGAGUAUUUUUAGCUGAAUUUCAGCUUUUUGCAGUUUGAGGGACUAAGGGUCUUCUUCCUAUUUCUGAAGGUUUUUUGCCUGAAUGUCAGUGGUUUGGGUUUUUCUGAGCUGAAUCUUGGUGUUUUGGAGGUUUUUAUGGACACAGGAUGCCCGGUGAGUUCUAGAGAUGGACUUGGGCAGGAGGAACCCCCAAGCCAACGCGCUCAGCCCUUGUUUUCCCCCCAUCAGGAUUUGUCCUUCCCAAAGCUUGGGUGGAUGGAGGAGGAGGCUGCGAGGAAGAGGAAGAUGCCUUGGGCCCCCCAGGCAGGUGAGGAGGAAGUCAGUGUCCCUUUGGGCGGGUGUUGUGCUGGCUCUGUCAGCCGAGCAUGGCCCCGGCUGCAGGACAACCCCGCUGGCGCCGCCGUCCUGCCGGGGCCGGAGUUGGGGGGAUGUCCUUGGCCUUCCCUGUGGGCCGGAGGCAAAUCCCCUGCCUGUCCUUCUUGCUUCCUGCCCCAGGCCCCGAGCUGAGGACGGAGAGCCCGGAGGACAAAUCCCCCCGUGAGACCCUGGUGGGAGAGGCCGUUUUGAAGGGCUCCCCGGUGCAGGAAGGCAGCGGGGAGGAAAAGGGCCGGAGAUCCCCCCGCAGGAGGGGCUCCAAAGCCAUCCCAGGGUGCUCUGAGGAGGAAAGAGCCAGCCUGUGCUGGGAAGGCAGCUGGAGUUUGAGGGGGAGCUCUGAGCUGGUGGUCCCUGAUCAGCCUCCCAGCAGGGAGAAGCCCUUCAGGUGCUUGGAAUGUGGGAAGAGCUUCACCCACAGCUCUAGCCUCAUCCGCCACCAGCACAUCCACUUUGGGGAAUGGCCCUACUCAUGUGGGGAAUGUGGGAAAAGCUUCAGGGACAGCUUCAACCUGAUCCAGCACCAGCACAUCCGCACUGGGGAACGACCGUACACAUGUGGAGAAUGUGGGAAGAGCUUCAGCCGGAGCUCCACUCUCUGCACCCACAAGCGCAUCCACACUGGGAAACAGCCCUAUGCAUGUGGGGAAUGUGGGAAGGGCUUCUGGCACAGCUCCAGCCUCCACAUCCACCAGCUCAUCCACACCGGAGAACGACCCUACAAGUGCUCGGAAUGUGGGAAGGGGUUUCAGACCAGCUUCCGUCUCCUCGUGCACCAGCGGACGCACACGGAUGAGAGGCCCUUCCGCUGCACUGACUGCGGGAAGGGCUUCAAGCAGAACUGCCACCUCGUCACCCACUGGCGCAUCCACACUGGGGAGAAACCCUACAAGUGUGGGGAGUGUGGGAAGAGCUUUACCCAGAGCUCUACCUUGACCCAACACCAGCGGACCCACCAGUAAGGGAAGCCCUACCACUGCCCCGACUGCGGGAAGAGCUUCGGCCGCUGCUUCCACCCCGAAUGAAGCCCCUGAUGGUGAGGCAACACCUGGCGUCCAGUGACUGUCAGUCCAUCCCUUCUGACCAGAAAGGGCCAGUCCCCUUUCACAGGGGCAGCUUCUUCCAACAGAACCCUUCUUGGAGGGGUGUGUGGAGAUUCCUGCCUUGGCUGGGAACACCCAAAGUCACUCCUGGAGGUUGAGAGCAGAGAUCUCCCCACGAGUGUUGGUCUGGGGGAGUUCCAUCCAUCUCUAAUUAAGAAUUAUUGCUUUUGUGCCAGCUUGAGUAGAAUUGCUUCAACAAUUGCUUUAGUGUAGUGCACUGUCCUAUCUUAUCCUGUACUCCUGGUAGUUUUAGUGUGUAUAU